UUAGACCUAAACUCAUAAAGUGACUAUAAGAUAUAGUCUAUCAAUCAAAUAGUUAAUGAUCAUAAAAUUCCUUCUCUAUCUUUCUCUUCAGAAGUUAAUGGUGUGUUUUAAGCCUUGCAUCUGUAGGGUUUUUUUAGGAGCUGCAUGGUCAAAUAGGUUACCGUUGUGGGGCUACAGUUUCAAAGCUGAUCCCCUCCAAAAUAAUGGCCAUUUUUCCACUGGAACAGGGGUAUUUAUCAAGGCUGAACUAUUAAGUCCCUUCAGCACUUCAGACUUUCAGCAAGUUCUUUGGGAUAAAAGAGAGGAGCAUAUUACCAGGAUGCAGCAGCCUGGUGACCUGGAAAAGUGCAGAUAGAGGAGCUCUAGCUUUGCAGGUGGUGUCUGACAGCAGUUUGACUCCCCAGCUCUCCUCUCUAACAACCCCAAACUGCUCAAAACUGUCAGUUUCCAUAUAUAUAUAUAUAUAAAACACACACAUACACACACACAUAUAUAUAUAUCUAUAUAUAUAUUACUAUUAUAUGGAAAAGGCUCAGUUUUCCCUGAUGCGUUUCCUCUCCUUCCAUAGCUCUAACUGAAUGGCCCUGCAGCACUGGCACCUAGGCUGUCUUUGCCUCACCAUUUGUAAUACUGUUGCCUAAAAAGAGCACUUGAAUUAAACCUCCAAGACCCAAUUUGUGAGCUUUAAAAGUCAGGCAUCCUUUAAUUGGCGCUGGGUGCACUGGGUAUCAUCAUUACAUGAGUAUUCAUUUUUCGUUCCCCUCACUGCUGUUCCAUAUUCACGACAUUUCCCAAAACUUCUUAGCAUAUAUGCAUGUCCUUAUAAGGUCUCUGAGAGUCUUCAUCUCAGGUCUUCAGUGGUCUCCCUAAGUAACUGCCUUGUGAACUUCUUCAAGACAGUGCACCUGAUUAAAAAGUGAUUGGGUGUUGCCUUGCUGGCUGUCUCACUUCCUCUCCUCAUUGUUUCUUUAAAUCACUUGGCUCAGCUAUCUGUAGUUUCUGUGUUGUAAAUACUGUCAGUUCUUGUUACAUCUCUAAACCCCAACAUCAAUGCAUCCGGGAGGGUUUGAGCCUGUUCCUUCUGGCCCCUGGAACAACAGGAGGGGAAGCCUAGGAGAGGCUGAACGCUUUGUCAGUCUGUGUUUUGGUGCUUUGUCUUAUUGUGAGUGCAGCAUCAGGGAGGGAGAGCAAGGUCUGUUGCCCCCCCUGAGCAGGGGCAACAGGAGGGAGGGAAACUGAGAAGCUUACAGCAAAGUCAAGUCAGGAAGACAAAUAAGCUGGGAAACUAAAAUAAGAAAAGGUGAGUUAAACGUGACAAACCCAGAAAAAAUAAUGUGGGCUUGAUCAUGGCUUGGGAAGGAACCCAAGUUUAAGAUCAUGCUCAGGAAAGGGCCACAUUCAGCUGAAGUUUGAGUAUCUGCAGGUGUAUUCAAACUGGGCUUUCACAUCCUCUCCAGGUCAGCCUGUCCCUGUUGGCCAGGGAAAGGGGGUUUCCAUGUGGCUGAUGGGAAUUUCCCUUUUCACAACUUGGGUCUGAUGGCCCUUGUGCUUUGGCUGUGCCCCUCUGAGGAGACUCUGGGACCAGCCCUCCCCACGUAGCCUUGCAGGCCCCAGGGCAGGGCAAUGACAGCUUCCCUCGACCUGGCAGCCCCCUCGCUGACCCUCUCCAUGUGCAGCCUUUGAAUUGCAGCAGUAUUAAGACACUAAACACAGGGAAACCAGGCUGGAAGGCUGGUUGGAUCAGGGUGGACAAUAGUCACCAUCCACUUGUUCCCAAGGAAAAAUGAAUAAUCACCUCCCUUGAACACAUAAGCACCUCUCUGUUUCUAUAUUUUUUUUGCCCCCUGUUUGCAUUAUGGGAUUGUAAAGGUAAAGACUGAUAAGAUACAGUGAUGUGUCAUAUCAGGACUAGCAGAGCUUUCUUCAGGUGUUUGCAUUAAAACCCUUUGGCUAUAUUUUUUUUUUUUUAAAUUACUUUGUGCAAAUAAACUGAAGGCACUUUGUACACAAGAAGUACAAACAAAAUGACAGUGGUCCUGAAGUUGGGGCCCCCCUCCUGGCUUUUGUUCUAAAUCUAAAUCUUAACCUUAUCCUAAUUUCCUAAAUCAAACAAACCAUGAGAUAAAAGGAGCACUAUAAGCACAAGUCCAGCUGCCACAGGAGGAGGCAGGAUGCCAGCCUUGGUCACUGGUGGAGUGAUGAAAACUGCCUGGGGGCAGGAGUACAGGAUGAGCACUGCCUUCGUGAUGUCAUUGCUGAGGUAUCCAAACUUCUGGUGCUUAGGUAGCAGUGUCAAAGUUCAGAUGAGAUGAUUCUCUCCAAAAAGCACUGAAUGGAGAGGAAAUAGAGCUGAAGAGUCACAGAGGAGACUUGAGAUGCAAGGCCACCUCCAUCUAAAUAACAGCAUGGCCUAGGAAAUGGCAUAAGAAACAAGCUGGGUAUAGGUGUAACAGAUUUGGGAUCCUUGAAAUCUGUGUGUUAACGAAAAAACUAUCAAGCCAAACUGUCCUAAUUUCAGAUCCCUAAACAGCACGGGAAAGUACCGUCCUUCAGUGGCAGCUCAAACAGGGUGCUUGCAGUGAUGACAGAGCCUCUCCCCGGUGGUUUCUCCAGAGCCAUGUGAGGCAAUUGUAAGAUUCCGUGUUUUUGUUGAAUGUUCAGGAGUCGCAAUACUCAGGUACGGUUUGGGAUGGGAAAGCAACAAGCUACAGCUCUUGUUUAUGAAGCAGCAUUAAUGCAUUCUGGACAGCACAGAUUCGGUGGAAAAUACAGACCCUAUUUCAGGUUGCUUUUAAGCUCGCUCUGUUUUAGAUGAAAUAGUUCAGAUGUGUAAUAAAUGGGCUGAAAGUGAUGACAGGGAAUACAUGGUAUAGGAAGCUGAAGAAACCUAUUUCCAUGAAUACUCAAUAUUGCUCACAUGUCCUUGCCAAUACUACAAUCUAGAUUUCAGAAAGCAGUAAUCUGCAAAGCAUGAUGUUACUGUGUCAGCCAACCAGUUAAUAUUGAUGUAGUGCUUUUGUAUCACCACAGCUAGUGACCCAGCUCCUGUGAGCACACCAUACUGAAAUGAAUGGCUGGGUCAGCCCAUCUCCACCAGCCCCCAGGCUGGGUUUAUUAAACUAGAACACAGCAGACACACAGUUUCUGUAGGUAACAUUGAGAGUUACCUACGUUUGACUUUCCUCAUUUCACAACCCACACUCCAACCCCUAAAGCUACACGUCCUUCACCCACAGAACCAUUACCUCACAGACUUUUAUUUCCUUUUCUUUUAGGCAGAAUCUAUUAAGCUACUUAAAAAAAAUAAAAAAAAUAUUUCCCAAACACACUGUUACACUCUUAUCUCCGGUUAUAGUACCAGGAAGGUGUGCUGGUGCCAAAUCAGGCACGAUGGAAUUUGCCAUGGGGAAACCCAGCACUGAUGACAGUGGAACCCGCCCGCGUGUGAAUUCCCGUGGCUCCUGCCACCCCUUUAUAAGCAGGUGGAGGUGAGGCAGGGCUGGCAGAACAGGCAGGCAGCAGCCAAGCACUCACUGGAGCACAGCUGUGAGUGUGGACUGGGAAUGGCUGGCUUUAGCAGCAAGAGCAUGGUCCUGGUCUCCCUGAUGGGGCUCCUGGCACUGCUCCUGUGUGGCACCUCCAAAGCACACAGCAAUCAUGAUUGCUGCCUGUCUUACACCAAAGUGCGUCUGCCUCGGUGGGCCCUGAAGGGCUACACUGAACAGCUCGCCAGCGAAGUCUGUGAUAUCCCUGCAAUCAUUUUCCACACCAACAGUGGGCUGAAGGCCUGUGUAAAUCCUAACGAAGGCUGGGUGAAGAAGCAUCUUCUUUUCCUCAGCCAUAAGCUCAAGAGGAUGUCAGCCUGAUAUGGUUUCCAGCAAGGAAAUAAACAUAGACAUGGCUGAAGAAUCACCAGGUUCAACCUCUUGGUUGGGAUUGUCUUGUACACUGUUGUGUGCUCACUGACCUCCAACUCAGGCUUCUUUGGAACUGUUGAACUUCUCUAGUUGAUUCAUAUUGCAUCUCUGGUUUGCUUGAAUUAAGCAUUUUGUUACAGUUUCUAUUUUUACUAAUAUGUGUACUGAUAUGGCAUGAUAUUAUUUAGUAAAGACUACCUUAAGCUGUUGUACAGAGUAUUAAGUUUAUUGCAUGUUGUUUUUGUUUUGUUCCACAUGUGUAAAGUGGCUUAUUUAUUCUAUUUAUUUUAUUACUGUCUUGUGCCAAAAUGUUUCCUUUUAGCUGUGGUUAGCAUUAUAAUACUUCUUGAGCUAUUGCUAAAGAAAAUCUGCCUGUGGAAAAAAAAUGGAAAUUGGAGUUUAAAAAAAAAUAAAUGUUAAAAUCGGCA